AUGAUGACAAGGAGAAGAGGUGGGAUUUUAACGCUUCAUACAAACAUUUAUAAAGGGGCUUCAAGCCUGGCAGCCCAAAGUAAAAGCUGAACACAAAACCUCAGCAGCGUUUUCAGUCAAUUAGCUUGUCUACUCUCCUGACCUUUGUUGAAAUGUCUGCUGAAAACCUCACCUUGGUUCCCACCGAAGCCCCUCCAAACGGCAGCAAAUGUGAUGUCUUUGUUUACCAGGGAGCUGCAGUGGUCCUCUUCCCUAUUUUCUACUCUGUCGUUUUUAUUAUCAGCGUGUGCGGGAACUGCCUGGUUCUUUGUGUCAUCUGCCAAAGAAAGCAGAAGUUCAACUCCACAUCCAUCUAUUUGGUGAAUCUUGCACUAUCUGAUGCUCUGUUCACGCUAGCGCUGCCAGGUAGAAUUACGUACUACAUCCGUCAGUUUGACUGGCCCUUUGGUGACCUCUUCUGCAGACUCACCACACUUCUGUUCUUUGCAAACACAUAUGCAGGCAUUGGCUUCAUGACCUGCAUCGGCUUGGACAGAUACCUUGCCAUGGUGCAUCCUCACCGCCUGCAGUGCUUACGCAGCACCAAGGUUGUUCGCAGGGUCUGCAGCCUGGUUUGGUUUGUAGUAUUUCUGGAGGUCUCCCCACUGUUAGUCCGCAGCAUGCUCCAUGUGAGGGGAGAUAAACGAACCUGCAUGGAGUACUUUAACUUUGAGGGCUCUCACAUCACCCCUUACCUCCUAAUUCUGGCGUGCUUUAUUUCCUUCUGCUGCCCGCUCACAGUCAUAAUAGCGUGCUAUGCCAGAAUCAACCUAAAGCUACGGGAUGCAGCCAAGAAGAACUCUGUGACUGGCCGAACAGGCCGAAAUCACAGGGCCAACACAAUCAUUCUCCUCAUCCUCCUCACCUUUGUCCUCUGCUUCAGCCCCUACCACAUCAACCUAAUGCAGUUUAUGUUCAGAAAGAUCAGCCAUGAGCCCACUUGUGAAGAACUAAGAGCCUUUAAGAUGUCCUUGCAGAUUACCGUCUCAUUAAUGAAUUUUAACUGCUGCCUCGAUCCAGUCAUCUACUUCUUUGCCAUAAAGACGUACAAGAAGCGAGUGAUGAGCCUAUUUAAGGACUAUCUGUACACUUCCGCCGCCUCCUCCAAAGUGACAGCUGAGAAUAGCAGCAGCAACACCUGAUCCAAAACCACAGAGAAGACCUAGUUUAACAGGUUAAAAAAAGACCAGUUUUUUCUCUUGAUGAGGCUGCUCCUGCAUAUGACUCUUGAGUCUUUGGUAGUGGGCUUUAUGUCGGUUUGGCAUGAAUGGUUUCAGCUUAUGUGCGUUAUACAUUGCCUUUCCAAUGUUUAUAUUGUGGUUUGGUCAAACAUGUUAUAAGAAUAUUGUCUCAGCUUAGGUUGCAUAUACUGUGUAUAAAUGUUUUUCUAUUGUAUUUUGAUCCUUUAUAGAAUGGCUUAUUAAUAGAAAUGAUAAAUAAACCAAUAGUGGUAUAGUGUAGUACAAAUGUUAGUUUUUUGUGUUUGUGACUAUUGGAUGAGACAGUCAUUUCUUGCAAUGAUAAUCAUAAUAAUAUAUUUUUCAAUUAUACAAAUAUUCUGGUCACUUGUUCUGUGUAAAAGAAAGAAUGCUGUAGAGUGUCCAAAUGUAAAUUCAACUAAAAUCAGGAGCAUUGUUAAUUGCAGCCCCCACAUGACGGUGAAUCUAACAAUACUAUGUGUAAGAAAUUUGCCAAAAUGAGAACAUGUUACAUCUUAUCUUUUCCACCCACAUUUAGCUUCUGCGUAAGAGUACAUAGAUAAAAAUCACCACUUCCUCACUUAUCUUUCCUGCCUCCCCCCCAUCAGGGGCCCCAUUCCUGCUACCUUCCACAUCUUGUGGUGAAGCUUUGGUGUUCGUGUGGGUCUAACAAAUGUGUGCAGGUGUACUCUUUGUUCUGAGCGAGUCCCAUGUUUAAAUUUAACCUUUAACACUUCCUGAGUUUUUGGAAAAAAACCUGAUAGGUUUGGGUAAAACCAUGUGCAGAAAUUGUGUAAUAUGCAAACAUUGAAGUAGGUAUUGUGCAAUUGAGGUGGUAGGACACAUGAGGUACACACACACAUCUUUCCAUUAUAUGUUGAUAAUUGGUUACUAAACAUUAAAAAACUGAACAAAAGUAUCAGUAUGUGUGCAAACGAAUUUAAAUGAUGUUUUAUGAAUAUUUAUAUUCAUUAUUAUUCAUUUUACCAAGAAAUUCUUUUAGAUCCAUCUAAAUCAGGAAGUGAGACAUUGCUUGAACAAAACAAGAAAUCUUAAUUUCUGCUUAACCAGUAUUGGAAGACAAUAAAAGCAAAACAUGAUUGUCCGGCAGUAGUACAGUUAAUACCUCUGGCAGAUUUAGAUUAAAAUACUUUUCUUAUUUUACCAAACCUGAAUGGAGGUAAUAUUAGCAUUUUGGAGUGACACAGCAAGGGUCCUAAUUUUAGUUUGACAUGGAAUCUGGGGAAGGGUUUUAAAAAUUAGGGUGAUGACAGGGAGGCAUUCCAACACCAGUCAUCACCAAAGAUAAAUCUUUAAAAUACCAGCAAAAACAUGCAAGAAGCUGGUUGAUAUUUAUAAGAAGGGUUUGAGUGCUGUAAAGAUUUUUCCUGCCAUAUUAAGAAAGGUAUAAAUACAUUCUGAUGUGCUCUUUUUAUUAAAAUGUAAAUAAAAAAGAUUAUUCAAAAAAAUGUUA